AUGAGUGAAUUACGAGUCAAAACUGAUGCCACUAUCCAGAAAAUUCAAAACCUUGGAUUUCACGUUGUACAGAUAUGGGAACAUGAGUUCAAAGGUCUGAAAAAAGAAAAUGCAGAUUUGAAGGACUUCCUGAAAUCGCAUUCACUAAAUGAUAGACUCAAUCCAAGAGAUGCAUUUUUCGGAGGGCGAACCAAUGCGACAAAGCUUUUUCAUGAAGGUCCGUCGAAAUAUGUUGAUUUUACAUCGUUAUAUCCGUGGGUAAAUAAAUAUUGUACUUAUCCCGUUGGGCAUCCAGACGUUGUGACGAGCGAUUUCAAGGAUAUAAAUGAAUAUUUUGGACUUAUACAAUGCCGCGUAGUUCCACCUCGGGGAUUAUACUUGCCAGUUCUGCCCUACCGGUGCCAGAAAAAAUUAAUGUUCCCGCUGUGCCGAACUUGUGCAGAGGAGACGAACCAGAGUCCCUGUACUCAUACGGAAGAGAAAAGAGCUUUGAUAGGAACGUGGGUCACCGAAGAGGUGAAACUUGCUAUAAAGAAAGGCUAUCGUAUUACACACAUCUACGAGGUGUACGAUUUCGAAAAGAAGUCGGAUUCCCUUUUUAAGACGUACAUCGACCUCUUUUUAAAAAUAAAACAAGAGAGCAGCGGUUGGCCAGCAGAAUGUGUAACAGAUGCAGAUAAAGCGAAUUACAUUUCUAUGUACAAGCAAAGAGAAGGAAUUCUGUUAGAUGCAUCAAGUAUCCAAAAGAAUCCAGGAAAGAGGCAGGUUGCUAAACUAGCGCUUAAUAGCUUCUGGGGACGGUAA